CUUGUGACAGCAUACUGACCUUGGCAAACCAUUCUUCUUACCCUUGCGCUUUCCCCGUAGCUAUUUAACGCUUGCGACCGCACCUUGAGACGAUGCCUCUGUGACGCGCUCCCUUGCCGCUCGCUUAGUCCACUCCUAGCGCCCACCUAGCACGCUAAAAAUGUUCAAAAAGCUGUUUGGUCAGAAGCCGGGGACCGCGAGCUCGGUCCCGGCAACUUCCGCCAAUGCCGCGAACAAGACUAUCUCCGCCAUCCAGAAUCUGACGGAGCACGAGGAGUCGCUGGAGAAACGCAAGGCGCUGCUAGAGAAGCGUAUGGACGCGGAGCUGGAGAGGGCCAAGGAGUUUACUCGGCAAAAGAAGAAGCCUCAGGCGCUGCAGUGCCUCAAGAAGAAGAAGCUGCUUGAGAAUGAGAUUGCCAACCUUGACAACAUGAUCAUGCGCGUCAACGAGCAGCGAAUGAUGCUGGAGGGCCAGCGGACGACGACCGAGGUGGUCUCGUCGAUGCACACCGCUGCCCUGGCCGCUAAGGACAACAUGAAGGCGAUGAAGAUUGAGAACGUGGACAAGGUGCUCGACGAGAUCAACGAGACGACGGACCAAAUGCGCCAGCUGAACGAGGUGUUCGCCAAUCCGCUAGGGCUUGGCACGGACCUGGACGAGGACGAGCUGCUGGGCGAGCUCGAAGAGAUGGAGGCGUCGGAGCUCGACAAGGAGCUGCUGGAGCCGGCGCCCGUGCCAGCAACAAAGGUGCCGGGGGCAGCGGAGAAGAUGCCAUCCGUGCCCACCAAGCAGAAGCAGCAGCCCGCCAAGACUCAGGAGGAGCUGGAGCUGGAGGCCCUGCAGGCGGAGAUGGCGCUCUAAGCAGCAUUCAGUUUUGCAAUCCAGCAGCGGGCGGCGGCGUGGGGGCGGGGAGAGCGGCAGCUACAGCCUGGCGUGCCGGGGCGCGGCGCCGGCGCCGGUGCUACUGCCGGGCACUGGCUGCAGCCGCUGCACGGCGCCACACAACCGGCCAGGAGCGGGCGCUGGGCAACAUUUGUGCGUUAAGGAGCGGAGCGUCGGGUUUGGAAGGCGUGCAGCGGUGCACGGCGUGGUGACACAGCGGUGUGCGUGGCGGCGCGGCGGUUUGGACUUGCCGGACGCCGCACGCUGGCGGCUGUGUGUGUGAGCCGACCGGCUGUGUGAUAACUGCCUGACGCUGCGGCACGAUGGUGUGCGCCGUCAGAGGACCACCGGCGGGGCUGUGGCUUGACGUGCCUGGCGGCGUGGGCCAGCAGCCGCGGCGCAUGCAGUGUGUGGGCGUAAGGAGGUUGAGGAGUUGGGGCUGGGAACGGACCUGCUCCUGGCGCGUGUGUGUGUGUGUGUGUGUGCAUGUGAUGGGUACAGAUGCUGAUAGGGUUGGGCUGGUCGGGCUGGGAUCGUGUGCAGCGCAUGAGUUGGUGCGCGUGUAUGCCUUGCCUGCAAGGCUGAGGGUAGGCAGGUGUGUUGGUGGGAUGGAGCUGUGGCGGAUGACCACUCUAAGUACAGGCAGCGGUGGGUUAUAUAGGUAUACAAUGAGUUGGGUUCGACGCAUACGGUAAUGAUGACAAAAAUGGCGCUUGCCCGCUAUGUGCCGUUGCUGGUUGACUUUCCCAGCGGCAGCAAGAGUUUGGUUCAAGCAGACAGACAACGACAUGACCACGCUUGUAGGUAUGGCAAGAGCGACAUCGAAUUGAUGACAAGAGGCAAUUGAGUGCGUGUGUGAAUGCGAGUGUAGUCGGCGGGCGCGGACGUGGUGGGCCGUGCCCGUGGCGAUGACAGGGCGGUCUGGUUGUGGUGCUCGGAUGUUGUAACGGGUCCGCAUUGGCUUUGCAGAUUACAUGAAGUGUUCCGUGUAGCAACUGAAGCAAUCA